AGGCAGCAUGGCAACAUGGCGGCCCCGGUGAGCUAUGGCUGUGAGGUCUGAACUUACGCAUUUGUUAACUGCUGUGUGCCUGAUGAUGGCGUUGUGCGGUUCGCGUCAGAGCCCGGAGGAGCUCCCUGCAGAACCCCCUUCACAAAAAGAUGAGGAUUGUGAUUCUGAAGAUCGGGUCAGCGACUCGGAAUCUUACUCCUCUACGAGUUCCGAUUAUAAUGACCUUGAGCCUGAAUGGCUGGAUAGUGUGCAGAAAAAUGGAGAGCUGUUUUAUUUGGAAUUGAGUGAGGAUGAAGAAGAAAGCCUCCUUCCUGAGACACCUACUGUGAACCAUGUCAGGUUCAGUGAAAAUGAGAUUAUUAUUGAAGAGGGUGAUUACAAAGAAGGAAAAAAGUAUGAACCGAAACUCAAGCGGUUUACCAAGAUUUUAAAAAGUAAAAAACUGUUACCUAAGCGCAGUAAUAAAAAAAAUAGCAAUGCAAGUGGGCCAGUAUCCAUUCUAAAGCACCAGUCCAAUCAGAAAACAGGAGUUGUUGUGCAACAGCGGUACAAAGAUGUGAAUGUUUAUGUAAACCCCAAAAAGUUAACCAUCACCAAAGCCAAAGAGCAGCUCAAGCUUCUGGAAGUACUGGUUGGGAUUAUCCAUCAGACCAAGUGGAGCUGGAAAAGAACUGGAAAACAGGGCGGUGGGGAGAGGCUUGUGGUACAUGGUUUGCUGCCAGGAGGAUCUGCUAUGAAGAGUGGUCAGAUAUUAAUUGGUGAUGUCCUUGUUGCUGUGAAUGAUGUAGAUGUGACCUCUGAGAACAUAGAGAGAGUUCUGUCUUGCAUUCCUGGACCUAUGCAGGUGAAACUGACAUUUGAAAAUGUGAAUGCUGUCAAAAAGGAAACAACUCAACCAAGACAGAAAAAGUCACCAUCGAACACAAGUGAUUUAGUCAAAUUUCUAUGGGGAGAAGAGAUUGAAGGUAUCCAGCAGAAUAUCCUAAACACUCCUCAUAUCGUUAUGUAUCUCACACUACAGCUUGACUCAGAAACAUCAAAGGAAGAGCAGGAAAUCCUUUAUCAUUAUCCAGUAUCUGAUGCAUCUCAGAAACUUAAAAGUGUGAGAGGGAUAUUUCUCACACUCUGUGAUAUGUUGGAAAAUGUAACUGGGACACAAGUUACUAGCUCAUCCCUUCUUUUAAAUGGGAAACAAAUUCAUGUGGCUUAUUGGAAAGAAUCUGACAAGUUGUUGUUAAUUGGCCUACCUGCUGAGGAAGUUCCUCUUCCUCAGCUAAGGAAUGUGAUAGAAGAUGUUGCCCGAACCUUAAAAUUUAUGUAUGGUUCUUUAGAUAGUGCCUUUUGCCAGGUUGAGAAUGCUCCUCGUUUGGAUCAUUUUUUCAGCUUGUUCUUUCAAAGAGCCCUUCAGCCUGCUAACCUGCACUCCAGUGCCAGUUCCAGUGCACAGCAGUAUGAUGCUGCCAGUGCAGUACUUUUAGACAAUCUCCCUGGAGUUCGGUGGCUCACACUUCCACAGGAAAUUAAGAUGGAAUUAGACACAGCAUUGAGUGAAUUGGAAGCCGCAGAUUUUGCAGAACUGUCUGAGGAUUACUAUGACAUGAGGCGGCUGUAUACAAUCUUGGGGUCUUCUCUAUUUUACAAGGGUUAUUUGAUAUGCAGUCAUUUGCCUAAGGAUGAUCUUAUUGAUAUUGCUGUAUACUGUCGCCACUAUUGCCUACUGCCUUUAGCAGCAAAACAGAGAAUUGGUCAGUUGGUAAUAUGGAGAGAAGUAUUUCCUCGACAUCACCUUCAACCUUCUACAGACUCAAAUACUGAAGUCUUUCAGGAACCUGAAGGGAGAUAUUUUUUGCUAAUUGUUGGCUUGAGACAUUAUAUGUUAUGUGUACUACUAGAAGCUGGAGGCUGUACAUCCAAAGCUAUUGGGAAUCCUGGACCAGACUGUAUAUAUGUGGAUCAGGUCAAAACAACUCUUCACCAGCUGGAAGGGGUAGAUUCCCGCAUAAAUGAACGGCUAGCCUCUUCUCCGAGCCCCUGUUUGUCUUGUGCUGACUGGUUCCUUGCUGGAUCACAUGAAAAGUUAGAUAAUUUGACGACGUCACCCAUCCUCAAUAGGCUGCAAGCUACUUCCAAAGUAGCAACCUCUCCAACAUGCAGAAGAACUCUUUUUGGUGACUAUUCCUUAAAGACACGUAAGCCCAGUCCUUCCCGAAGCGGAGGAUCUGACAGUGGUUGUGAAGGUAGAGAAGGCGUUGGCUUGAGCCCCCAUGCUACCCUGGAUGCAGCACAGAAGCAAAGAGCAUCUCAAGGUUCUGAUGGUUCAGAAGAAAGUGGGGCCUUGCUUAAGGUAACUAAAAAGAAGUCUACUCUUCCAAAUCCAUUUCAUUUUGGAAACUUGAAAAAAGAUCUGUCAGAAAAAGAAUUGGAAAUGUAUAACACAAUGAAAUUGACAUCUGGUCCUGAGAACACACUUUUCCACUAUGUUGCCUUAGAAACAGUGCAAGGGAUCUUUAUUACUCCUACCCAUGAAGAGGUGGCACAGCUAAGCGGUUCUAUCCACCCUCAACUUAUAAAGAAUUUCCAUCAGUGUUGUCUCUCCAUUCGUGCAAUUUUCCAACAGACAUUGGUUCAAGAGAGAAAGAAAGCACUCAGUGGUAGAGAUCAUUCAGGUUCUACAAAUUCAGUGUCUUCUCUUAACCCUGUGAAAGAACACGGUGUGUUGUUUGAAUGCUCACCUGAAAACUGGACUGAUCAGAGAAAAACACCACCAGUUAUGGCUUACUGGGUAGUAGGGAGACUCUUUCUUCAUCCCAAACUUCAAGAACUUUAUGUCUGUUUUCAUGACUCAGUUACAGAAAUUGCCAUUGAAAUGGCCUUUAAAUUGUUCUUUGGAUUAACCCUGUAGCCAUGUCAGCUUGAUGCAUGGCUACCUUGUGCACAGACAGGCUAUUGAGCAGUGGUAGAAUUGCUAAAAUAUAUUUACAAAGAGAUAUGGUUUAAGUUCUUUUCAAUGUUCAAUACUCAACAUAAUAUUUUUCAAGACUGAAAUGACAUACUCUUGGAUUUGAUGCACUGAAUCUCAUUAUCAGACUUUUGAAGACGAUACUUGAUCAAAACAGGAAGAAGAAAUUAACUUAUUUCCAUUUUGGUUUAUAAUAUUAAUUUAUUUACUAGUUUGAAAUAAUGUAAUGCGUUUUAUGUAAAACUGAUAUAAGGAUGAUUAUCUUGGAAAAAUACCCAAUUCAUUGUAUAUUUCACUCAAGACUAAUAUUGAUAUCUAGCAAAACAAUUAUGAAGUUGGGAGGAGGUGACCAGGUUCUGUAAGUGACUAGUGCUAUGACCAUGAGAAAGUUUUGUACCUCUCUGGGCUCAGAAUUUUUGUGUACAAAUUAAAUGAUUGCUUUGAGGUGUCUAAAGUCCCUCUUAAGAGUAAAA